AUGAGUCAUGCCGGAGUGCCUUUCCGUCGACACAGCCGUAGCUGUUGCUACUCACCAGCCAUCUGCUACCUGUCUGGAUACUACGCGGCCGAGGGUUGCCAGGUGCAACAUCAUUCACCGUAUAGUUUGCAGCACCAACAGCAACAGUUCCACCUCUCUGUGGACCCCAGACAGACGAGCAGCGAACAGUCCGCGGCAGCAGGGGGGGGGACUUCUGGCGGCUCCUCCUCGCUCUCAUCCAACCACCUGCGAUCACCGCCCUUGGUGCACCGCCCGCGUUACCAACCCUUCGCCACUUGUGCCUCUCUGCAGCCACAGACGCAGUCACAACAACAGAGGGGUGGACUGGGAGACAGCGCGGGCAGUAGUGGUCACUCCAUAAUGACCCCUCAUUCACCUGCUCUCGUUGGACCUCACGGUUACAUGACCGGCGGAACUGCCUCUAGCAAUGACUCUGCCACGUCCGUGCCCCCAAAUUUUCCGCCAUCAGCCCGAGACAGCCGCCUGAUGCAGGCUGGCCACUUCGCCAUGAAGUCUACGUCGAACAGUUCUGGAUCGCAAAGCAGUGGCCGCGCUUUUUUGCCUACAAAUAUCACCCCUUCGUACCAGACCACAGAGCACGUGUACAUCCAACCUCCGCUGGGUCUCGCAAACACCCACUACGAGCACCGCUUGAGCAUUGGAGACAACAUGACCUAUUCGGAAGUGAACUCCACCACAGACAUGAGAGAAGCUGACAACGAGGAAGAAGAUGAAGAGACCGAUUUUGACGAAAUCCACAGCUGUUCUGUCUACGGGCAGACCUCCUCCAUCGGUAAAUCUAGCCUCUCGCACCCAAUGGUUCUCAAUCAGCCACGAGCUGCGAUGGUGGCCCACCAUUCAUCUGCAUCCGAAUCGCCAAAACUUCUUGCAUAG